AACGUCAUGUUUAGUUAGUGAGUGGUCCGUGUUGAAGGCACGUGCAUCAGCAGUCCGGCUCCUCGCGGCUCCAGUCCGGGACUUCAGGUCUGAUGACAGAGACCGCUUCACCAGAGCAGCCCUCCAACAGAUCCCUCCGCGGGGUCAGACACUUUUUUACACAACACAAACAAAUGAACCCAGCCUCACGUAGGCGCACACACACCAGCACGUUUUAAACCCUCGCCGGUCAAAGUCGCUUUUAUCCACGCGUAAAGUAGCGACUCUGCCCGGUAAACGCGUCUGCUCGGGUGAAACAGUUAAUGUUUUCUUGGACCUACUUCUCCUGCUGGCGCUGACAGGCGGUGCUUCGGUCGCUCCUAAACAUGGCCUCCAUGACGGAGCGACCGCUUCAAGUUUAAUUUUUCGCCAAUUUUCAGUGCAAAACCGUCAAAUUUCCCCUUCCACGAUCAACGGGAAUGUUUCGUCGGAAAAUCUUAUCAUGCCAGACUUGUGAAACAGAUGUGAUCUUUCGGAGAACUUCGCUGUUGGAUUUAAACAGAUCGGUUUAAGUUGGCUGGAAAGCUGGAGAGGAAAAAGAGAAUUGCAUCAAAUCAAAUGCCAUCUGAGUCUCAGUCUCAGGAGCCUCGGGACAGAGGACCGGCCCCUCCCAUCACCCGCGCUGGACGCAGCGCUCUGCUGGCUAAAGCUGCGGCUGCUAACCCCACUCCCGAGAGGCGGCCUCGUGGACGACCUCGGAAAGAUGGGAGCGGCGGCCGCUCUGCGCCUCCUGCCCCUCCUCCUCCUCCUCCUCCACCUCCUAAAUCAAGGAAGAAGGGGCGGAGUCGAGGCCGAGCCCAGGUAGAGGAUGAAGAGAGCAUGGAUGCCACAGAGAAGAAAACCCUCCAGAAGACAGAGGUGAAGGAGAAGACAGCAGGACGCCGCCGGUCCACCUCCAGGAGAAAAUGCAACACAAACUCUGACCCCAACCAAGACUGUCUCAGUCCAGAGCCUGAUCCAAACCCUAACUCUCCUCACCCUGACCCCACACCCACCCCAGAGUCCAGCCUAGAACCUCCUCCCAAGCUUGAGGAGGAUGGAACGAGCCCUGCCCCUGCUGCCUCACUCGUGGCCUCCAGCCCUGGACCAGCUCCCAGUCCUGAGGAAGAAGCUCGAGUCAGUCCCCUGCCCUGCAGCCCAGAUCACAGCCCAGCCUCCAGCCCCAGGCCUGCUCCUGGCCCUGUGGAGGAGGAGGACCAGCCCAGGCUGAACCACAGCCCUGCUCCCAUUGAGGUGGACUGCAGUCCCAGUACAGUUCCCAUGGAGACGGAGGGGGCCAGGGCCAGUCCCAAGAAGCAUAGUCCCACCAUGAGUCCCUGCUCCAGUCCUCCGGUCUCUCCCUGCUCCCGACUGGAGGAUGAAGACUCUCUGUCCCCUUUGUUCCAGCAGUGUCUAUCAGAGGACUCUGGGGACUCGCCCACCCCCAGUCUGGGACACACCAAAAAACGUCUGAAGCAGUGUGCCUUCUGUUACCGUGGUGACGAACCUCCUCUGGGCCAGGGCCGCCUGGUGGUGUUCGGUCCGACGCCCGGCUACAUCCCACUCCACAUUCUCAACCGCCGCGCCUCCUCUGACCGAGACAACGACUGCCACGACCACUGCUACCGUGGCGAUCCUGCCCCGCCCACGUGCAGCAGUCCAGAGCAGUGUGAGGAGGAGUCUUCCUCAGAGUUUGUGGAGCAGCUCGGACCCAUUGGCCUUCCACAUGACAUUGAUGUCCAAUCACUGUUCGACCCCACAGGUCAGUGCUGCGCUCACCUGCAGUGUGCAGCCUGGUCAGAGGGGGUCUGUCGUGGAGAGGGACAAUCACUGCUCUACGUGGACAAAGCCAUCGACUCAGGAAGCACGCAGGCGUGUGCGUUCUGUCGUCGGCUCGGAGCGUCGCUGCGUUGCCAGGAGCAGAGCUGUGGGCGGAGCUACCACUUCCCCUGCGCUGCUGCUGCCGGAGCUCACCAGGACUGGACCCAGAGACGCACAUUGUGUAGAAGACACACACAUGCAGCUGCCACACAGUGUGUGUCGUGUUCGGGUAGUGCAGAUGUCAAUGGUCUGUUGAUGUGCUGUUGCUGUGGUAACUGUUACCACGGCAGUUGCCUGGACCCCCCUCUGGUCCCCUCCCCCCUGUGCCGGGCUGGCUGGCAAUGUCCUCAGUGUCGAGUGUGUCAGAGCUGCAGGUUGCGAGAACACAAUGGGGUGUUGAUCGUAUGUGAGCGCUGUGAUAAAGCCUACCACACACACUGUCUCAUACCACCUCUGGACUGUGCACCAAGCACCGGCUGGAGCUGCAAGAACUGCAGAAUCUGUCGCCGCUGUGGUGUGAGGUCAUCAGGCCAGUGGGCGAAUCAUCCAUUUUUGUGUGAGUCAUGUGACCCUGCCCUGCCCUGCCCUCUCUGUGACCGUGCCCCUGACCUCUACACGCCACAGGACUGUCUGACUUGUAUCUGCUGCUAUAGGUGUGUUCAUACAGAGUGUGCUGUCCAGGCCGGGGAGGGCAGGGCAAUUUCCGAAGACUAUGUCUGCUCUGUCUGCAGGCCUCAGCAGGACAUGCUAGAGGCUCCACCCUGCAGUCUUCAUGCUCAUAGCCCAGCCCCGUUCUCCCCCGUCCUCUGUACACCAUCGCAGCAAAGUCUUAAGCCAUCUCAACCUGAACCCACAGAGCUCCAGCAUAGUCCCGCACCGUCUCAACCUGAACCCACAGAGCUCCAGCAUAGUCCCGCACCGUCUCAACCUGAACCCACAGAGCUCCAACAUAGUCCCGCACCGUCUCAACCUGAACCCACAGAACUCCAGCAUAGUCCCGCACCGUCUCAACCUGAACCCACAGAGCUCCAGCAUAGUCCCGCACCGUCUCAACCUGAACCCACAGAACUCCAGCAUAGUCCCGCACCGUCUCAACCUGAACCCACAGAGCUCCAGCAUAGUCCCGCACCGUCUCACCCUGAACCCACAGAGCGCCAGCAUAGUCCCGCACCGUCUCAACCUGAACCCACAGAGCGCCAGCAUGGUCCCGCACCAUCUCAACCUGAACCCACAGAGCUCCAGCGUAGUCCCGCACCGUCUCAACCUGAACCCACCGAGCUCCAGCGUAGUCCCGCACCGUCCCAAUCUGAACCCACAGAGCUCCAGCAUGGUCCCACACCGUCUCAAUCGGAACCCACAGAACUUCGGCGUAGUCCCGCACCGUCUCAACCUGAACCCACAGAGCUCCAGCAUAGUCCCGCACCGUCUCAACCUGAACCCACAGAGCUCCAGCAUAGUCCCGCACCGUCUCAAUCUGAACCCACAGAGCUUCAGCAUAGUCCCGCACCGUCUCAAUCUGAACCCACAGAGCUCCAGCAUAGUCCCGCACCGUCUCACCCUGAACCCACAGAGCUCCAGUGUAGUCCCGCACCGUCUCAAUCUGAACCCACAGAGCUUCAGUGUAGUCCCGCACCGUCUCACCCUGAACCCACAGAGCUCCAGCUUGGUCCCGCACCGUCUCAACCUGAACCCACAGAGCUCCAGCAUAGUCCCGCACCAUCUCAUCUUCAACCCAAAGAGGUCCAACAUAGUCGUGAACCGUCUCCACACGAAUCCACAGAGCCCCAACAUAGUUCUGCAUCUUGUCAGUCUGAACCCACAGAGCUUCAGCAUAGUCCUGCACCGUCUCAAUCUGAACCCACAGAGCUCCAGCUUGGUCCUGCACCGUCUCACCCUGAACCCACAGAGCUCCAGCGUAGUCCCGCACCGUCUCAAUCUGAACCCACAGAGCUUCAGUGUAGUCCCGCACCGUCUCACCCUGAACCCACAGAGCUCCAGCUUGGUCCCGCACCGUCUCAACCUGAACCCACAGAGCUCCAGCAUAGUCCCGCACCAUCUCAUCUUCAACCCAAAGAGGUCCAACAUAGUCGUGAACCGUCUCCACACGAAUCCACAGAGCCCCAACAUAGUUCUGCAUCUUGUCAGUCUGAACCCACAGAGCUUCAGCAUAGUCCUGCACCGUCUCAAUCUGAACCCACAGAGCUCCAGCAUAGUCCUGCACCGUCUCAUCCUCAACCUAAAGAGGUCCAACAUAGUCCUGAACUGUCUCCACAUGAACCCACAGAGCUCCAACAUAGUCCCGCACCUUCUCCAUUUAAUCCAGCAGAGCUCCAGUAUAGUCCUGCGCCAUCUCACCCUGAUCCAGCAGAGCUCCAGCAUAGUCCUGCAUCGUUUCACCCUGAACCCAAAGAGCUUGAAGCGAGCCCUUCGCCAUCUCACCCUAAUCCCAUUGAGCUCCCACAAAGUCCUGUGCCAGGUCACUCUGAUCUUACAGAACACCAGGAAAGGCACGCCUUCCAUCACCUUAGUCCAGUGGAGCUUCCGCAAAGGCCUCCACAGUCUCACUCUGGUUCAACAGAUCUUCAUAAAAGUCCUUUGCCAUGUACGACUGGCCCCAUUGAGCUAAAGCAAAGUCCUGACUGUGUGAUGCAGACUCAGCAUAGUUCUCACCCACUUAGUUACAUUUCUUCUACCCCUGCCCAGAGUUCCACAGAGGAUCAGCUUAUGGAUGCAGAGUCUCAGCAGAGUCCAGUGCAGGGUAGUCCCGUAUUUUGUAGUCAUUCUCGUUCUCCACACAGUCCACAGUCAACUGAGGCAGUGAUUAGUCCUGCCCAUGUUCAACCAGGGCCCCCAGAGCAUCAGCACAGCCCGCCACCUCACAGUCCCGUACAGGACUACACUGCACACACAGAGCUCCAUAGACCAUGUAGUAAUGACAUGAUCAUCACACAGUCUCAGCGCAGUUCCCCACAAAGACAACAUAGUCCUGCACAAGAUGACACAUCAUAUCCACAGAGUCCUACACAGGAUUCCAAACCUACACUGGACCAGGAGAGCCCUGGAUCAAGCAGCCCUGCUCAGCUGCGAUGUGGGGCUGCACAAGAUGUAACUACACUGGACCAGGACCUCUCACCAGUCUACUGUAGGUCUGUCCAUACAGCAAGUAGACACACCUCAUCGAAGCCUAUUUCAGCUCCAUGUAGCCCAUCACCGGCCCCACAGAGAGCCACAGUGUGUAGUCUAUCACAGCCUUCAAGCCCAGUAUUGGCCCACACUUUGAAGGUCAUGCUGCUUCCUUCUCAGCUUGCUACACAGUCAAAAGUCAUGAAAGGGGUCCCCAAAACCAGUAUCACAGAAUUGUCCUCGGAUCAAAGCCUAGUGCAGCUGAGGACUAAUGUUGAAGGCCAAACACUGGAAAGUAGCCCUACCCCUCCUAGCCUCACUGCUAACCUGUCCACAGUGGCCCAUGAUAGCCUUGGUCCAGAUGGCAAACUCCCAGUCCAGCUCACUCCUGUGCAGAGUAGUGCACUUAUCCUGGAAAAUCCCAGCACCUCUCAAGUCCCUGCCAUGGCUGCACCAGAAAGCCUUGUUCACCUUGGUACUUCAGAAGAACACAGUAGCCUAACUUGCUCAGCUUAUGAUGAAACAGGUAGCCACAUUAAUCAGAGUCCUUGUGACAGUCCAUCACACCACACAAUAGUUAUUGAAGGUAAAGCCAACUUCAUACAUAUCCAACAUAGCUCAGCCAGUUUUAGCCCCAAACAUGCUAUUGAAACGCCUGCUAGCCCUGCAAGCUCUCCUCUGGCCUGUACUAGCCCCAUGCCAGUGGAGCCUAUCCUUGCCCAUGUCAGCUGCUCUGCACCACCAGUUCAUACAAGCCCUACUCAUGGUAGCCCAAUCCUCAUGGAAACUAACAGUGGCUACAGUCUGAUGGGCAACGUGCAAGCUCAAGAGAGAGCUAGUCCCCCUGUUUGUAUUGUUAUGGAGCUUGCACAGACACAGACAAGCCAGAGUCCCUCACAUGUCCAAACAGUCUGCAGUCCUUCACAGAAGUCUCCGGUACAGAGAAGCCCCCUGCCAGCUCCAAUCAGCUUUAGUCCUCCACACUGUAGCCCCGCUGAUACUAGCCCAGCUAGUAGCUCUCAGAGCCCUAGUGGCCAGACAAGUUCCAAUGCUGCUAACGAAAGUGAUGUUAGUGUCAUCCACAGUCCACAUCGGUCUAGCCCUGCUGGUCAACCUAGCCCUUUACAAAGCACUUCCAGUAGUGCCCACUCAGGCCCAGUCCAAAGUCAUACUCCCUCUUUAGCUAGCAUAUACAGCAGCGUUGCACAUGCUACUGACACUUGUGUUGGCCCACCUCAUAGUCCAGCUCAGGCUAGUGAAUCAUAUAGUUGUCUUACAGGUAGUCCCCAUUAUAGCCCAUCGCCCAACACUGGAACCAGUUCUGGCUCGACUGUGACACAUUUAAGCCCUACUUUGGCUGGUUCAGGUCUUGGUGUACACAUGGUGGCCAGUUCCACAAUGCAGAGUUCUUUUCUUCCUAAUUUGGUUCAGCUUGAACCCAGUCUUUUCAAACCUACAGACAGUAGUGGCCAGUCGAGCUCAACAUCUGCCAGUUGCCCGCCUGAUGACUCAUCUGCUUUUAGCCCCAGCCAGGCUAGUCUGAACCAGGUUAGCCAACCCCCUGCUAGUCCUCUUCAUAUUCUCAAUAAGUCAUCUGUUGAAAACCAGCAAUGCGCUGCCCUGGACAGCCCCCUGCAUCAAGGAACAGCCCUUCCUGAUGAUGCUACUUCCACUCAGACUAGUCAGAGCUAUGCUAGCCCUGUCCAUUUUAGUCCCACUCAGGAUAAUAUUGGGAUGCCUUGCACAAGCCACAUUAGUGAAAUAUUGGCUAGUCCCCCACCAUCUGCAUCCUCACAAGUUAGCCCUCCUAACCCUCCUCACACAUUUUCUGCUCAUGCUCCACAAGUGCAAGCUAGCUUAGUUCACAGUAGCCCAGUUGCUAGUCCUGUUUUUAUCCUCUUGCAAACAGGUGAUACACAAAUUAACCCGAGUGCUGUUCCUACCAGCCCUGAGACUAGUUCUUGUCCUGGUCUUGCUCAUCCUGUGCAGCCAGAGUCUAGUCCCAGUCCUGAUUCUGGUAACCUCGUAGGGGGUGAGGCUAGCCCUGGUCCCAAUUCUGUUAGCUCUGGACUUACCAUCCCUGACCAGUCUAAGACCAGCCCAAGUCCUACUAGCCCUGGGCAGCCUGACGCUGGUCAUGAAGGUCACUCUGUUUCCUGCCCCCGACAGCACAGACAAACAGAGAGAGAGUGUGCAGCCGCUGUGGACACCUGCAUGACUGAGGUCGAGGAAGAGAUGGUGCAACAGAAGAAGACUGAAGAGAGAGAGAAGGAGAAAGAGGCUCCUCAGCAGGAGGCGGUGGAGGAGCCUCAUCAGGCAAAGGAGACCCUAGAAAAGGGGGAGCCUGGAGGUGAUGCACGAGAUCAGGAGGAGGACUGGCACAGCGGCGCAAGCUGUCCUCCGGCAGGAGUCCAGCUGGCAUCUGACCUGAAUGAAGACCAUCCUUCUCCUCCUCACUCUGCUGCUGCCUCACCCCUCCUCCCACAGCCAGCUCCUUCCUCCCAACAAACCAUCAUACCACACUCUGCCUCACUCCCACAACACCCCUCCCACUCUCCCUCAUCAUCACUUCCUUCCUCUCACCUUGCCUCGCCACGAUCCCCAACUUCUUCUAGAGCUGGCUCUCUAGAGACAUCCCCUCACAGGACUGCCUUACUCCCCUCCUGCUCCCCCCACACCCCACCUCCUUCCUCCCCCCUGGAGGGCUGUCCCCAGCAGGAGAAGGUUGCCAGUCAGCGACAAACAGAGGCAGUGCAAGAGGACAACACGCUUUCCUGUCAUGUGACAUUGGCGGAUGGUGACAGCCAAUCACAGAGCCAGUUAGAACUUGUUGUCUUGGAAACAGAACCCACCAAAGAUGAGCACCAAUCACAUACUGAGCCUUCAGAUAGGAAGGAGGAGGAGGAGGAGGAGCCUCCUGAAACACCGGAGCCAACUGCAUUGCUCAUGACAACCGAGGCAGUUACCAGGCAGCAGCCAAUAAGAGAGAGGCAGGAUGCAGCGAAGGGGCAGGGGGAAGGAGUGACUGAUAGGAUGGAUGAAGAGGAAGCAGGUGAGAUGAGGGAGGACCAGUCAGAUGUAGAGGAGGAGCCAGUGAGCCCUGUGCUGGAACUGGACCCGUCUUUGGAUAUGGAAGUGAUGGAGCUGAUGACCUCUUCAUCUCCUCCUCCUUCCCUCCUCCAUCUCUCCUCCAUCAGCCUGCCUUCCUUCUCCCGCCGGGGGAAGGGUCGGACUUUCAGAUCUCCUCCUUGCUCCUCCAGGCCGUCAGACGACCUCUCCAUCCGUCUGAGGCAGUCACCCUUCUCCACUGAAGCCUCCCCUGAGACCUCUCCCGCCAGAGCCCCCAUCACCCCACCUCCACUCUCUCCGCCCUCACCUCCUCUCCACUGCUCUCUUCUUUCCAGAGAGUCUCCACCUCUCUCCAAGCCCCAGGCUGCUCCCUCCACUGUGCUCCCCCUCACUCCUAAAAUUGGCAUGGGGAAACCGGCCAUCUCUAAGAGGAAGUUCUCCCCUGGCAGAGCCAGGAUCAAGCAGGGUUCGUGGUGGAGUAAUCGCAGGGCGGUGAGCCCCCCCUCAUCCUCCCAGGAUUCGGUGGGGGAGAGUGGGUGGGACAGCCCUAAGCCCCGUCCAGCAGACUCCCCCGUCUGGAGCGUGAGAGUGGGUCGCGGUUCAGGGUUCCCAGGCAGGAGGAGGUCCAGGGGAGGAGGUGUUGGAGGAGGAAGAGGAGCAAGAGGAAGGAGCCGACUGAAGACUCAGGACUGUCUGAGUGUGUCACCUGGAUCUGUCUAUGUAGAGCCGUUCCAGCCGAAAGAGGAGGAGGAGAACUCGAUGCACAACACAGUGGUGAUGUUCUCCACCUCUGACCACUUCACCCUCAGACAGGACAUGUGUGUGGUGUGUGGUAGUUUUGGUCAGGGAGCUGAGGGCAGACUGUUGGCCUGCUCGCAGUGUGGACAAUGCUACCAUCCCUACUGUGUCAACGUGAAGAUUACGCGGGUCAUCCUGACCAAAGGGUGGCGCUGCCUAGAGUGUACAGUGUGUGAGGCGUGCGGUGAGGCCAGUGACCCCGGGCGACUUUUGCUAUGUGACGACUGUGACAUCAGUUACCACACCUACUGCCUGGACCCGCCCCUCCACACAGUACCGAAAGGAGCCUGGAAGUGCAAGUGGUGUGUGUGGUGUGUCCACUGUGGCUCCUCCUCCCCUGGGCUGCACUGUGAUUGGCAGAGUAACUACAGUCUCUGUGGACCAUGUGAGAGCCUGAGCCGCUGUCCUCUCUGUCAGCGACAGUACACACAGGACGACCUCAUACUGCAGUGUCAGCAGUGCGACAGAUGGGUCCAUGCUGUGUGUCAGGGUCUGGCCACUGAAGAUGAGGUGGAGACUGCUGCUGAUGAAGGCUUUGACUGCUCGCUGUGUCGGACUCACAGCCGCGGCUCCUACGGGAGGUCAGACAGUUUUGAGUCUCCUUACAUGGCUCAGAUCAUCUCCAGGAUCAGAGAACCUGACACGAAGACGUACUCUCAGGAUGGAGUGUGUCUGACGGAGUUGGGUCUCUCUCACCUGCAGUCUCUCGUUGAGCCUCUGAUGUCACCGCGCAGGUACCGCAGAUCUAAACCCAAACUGAAGCUGAGGAUCAUUAACCAGAACAGUGUGUCGGUCCUGCAGACCCCAUCUGAGCCCGAAACCCCAACUGAGCAGGACCACAGCCGAGGUGACUUGGAGUGUGAGAUGAAAUCUGACUCGAGCCCAGAGCGAGACCACGCCCACGACGAUGAUGUCAGCAAGGAGUCUGAAGUUACCGACGGCAACAAGAAGAGGAAGAGGAAGCCCUACAGGCCUGGUAUUGGAGGGUUCAUGGUGCGUCAGCGGGGAGGGAAGGCUGGUCCGAGCAGAAUUAAACUGUGCAGAAAAGAUUCAGUGGAGACCCUCCUGGGUCGAGAUGAAGAUGUUUCCAUGGAGAUGGCUCCCCCUGCUGACCAGACGAUGGAGAAAGUGAAAAAGAGGUAUAGGAAGAAGAAGACGAAGCUGGAGGAGGCCUUCCCUUCUUAUCUCCAGGAGGCGUUCUUCGGUCGGGAUCUUCUGGAUCGGAGCCGACAGGCUGACAGGACACCUGGGCCAGAGACACCAAGAGCCAGCCAAUCAGGAGGCGGGACAGAUGACAUGAAAGCCCCUGCUGCUGGAUUGCACGGCACCUCCACCAAGGCGACCAACGCCAUCAAGAAGCAGGCAACACUGUCCGUGUCAGAGGGAGCCCUGUUGGAUUUGUCUGAUGUUCUCAACACUGAUCCUCACAUACUGGCUACAGGACACCCAGGUCAGUUCCAGGUGGAGCGCUCCCCCUCUCCGUUUGCCGGUCUGGACAUCAGCUCCAUGGCCGAUGACCCAUCUUUCACAGGGAGUGUUGGCCGUGGCCAGAGGAUGUCGCAGGAGGAGCCCCUGGACGCCAUCUUGAGUCCUGAGCUUGAUAAGAUGGUCACUGAUGGUGCAAUCCUCAGCAAACUCUACAAGAUCCCAGAGCUGGAGGGGAAGGACGUGGAGGAGGUGUUCACUGCUGUCCUCAGUCCAAACAGCAGCAACAAUGAGCCAGAGCAGAACCAACACACACACGCUGCACCUCGGAGCAAGACAAACACACACCACACAGCAGCUGCCGUGUUUCCUCGUCUUCCGCUGAUGAAUGGCCUGAUGGGAGCUGCUCCUCACUUUCCUAACAAUCCUAUGAUGCCCAGCGGUGCACAGGCUUCAGCAGGCUUUAGGUUGCCCCCUCCCGAGGGCUCCGCCCCUGCUCUGCUCCCGGGCCCCGCCCCCGGGUUGGCCUCAGCCAGGCAGGGCUCAGCAGGUGAGGGGGAGCAGGACGUGAUGUCGACAGCUCAGAGGAGCAUGUUGAAGUGGGAGAAAGAGGAAACUCUGGGAGAGAUGGCCACCGUCGCUCCUGUCCUCUACUGCAACACCAACUUCCCCCAACUGAGAGAGCAGUAUCCUGAAUGGUCCACUAGAGUGAAGCAGAUUGCCAAGUUGUGGAGGAAGGCCAGCUCUCAGGACAGAGCGCCUUUCGUGCAAAAAGCUCGAGAUAAUCGGGCAGCUCAGCGCAUCAACAAGGUGCAGCUGUCCAACGACCCGCUCAAACGGCACCAACUCUUGCAGCCGCCGUUGCUGGCCCCGUACGACCCCGUUUCCAUGGAGACGGAAGGGGCAUUCAAGGACCCGCUGAGGCCCAAAGAGUCAGAACAAGAGCAGGAGUGGAAGCUGAGACAGGGAGAGGUAAAUGACAGAUGGGGAGCCGGUAAGAAGAGGCAGGAAAAUCUCCCCCAAAGCAAAGCCCUAAAAUCACCAACAGAUAAAGAUUGUCCCUACCAGGCAUCUGUAGCAGGAGGUGGCAAAGAGGCUCUGCAAAUGCGUCAGAAGAGCAAGCAGCAGGCCAAGAUGGAGGCCACUCAGAAGUUGGAGCAGGUGAAGAUCGAGCAGCUCCUGCAGCAGAGGCAGCAGCAGCAGAUAUUAGCCGCCCAGCGCCUCGCUGGACGACUUUCACCAGAGACAGGCAGCCGGAGCCCUGUGAUGCCCACACAGCAGCCAGUUACCCCGGGCAGCGCCUCGCCUCUCCAUCCACCAGCAUCCAGGGAGGGUCAGUGCAGACAGAACCCCCUCCUGCAGGGGGGCCAGAGCUCAGGACAGGCUGACGAUGUCUUCCUCAGACCACAAGCCCCUCCCCCCUCUGGUUUUUCCUCACUCCCUCACUCCCCCCACCCCUCCUCCCCUCUUCAUCAGCCCCCAUCCUCCCCCCAGAUGUUCUCCCCACCCUCCUCCCGCCCGUCUUCACCGUGGGACCCCUACACUAAGGUUGUAGGAACUCCUCGCCCCACUUCCACCCAGGCUGGUGGCCUCCCAGCCCCCCAGCAGCAGCAGCGUCGCAACUCCCUCAGUGCCUCCCCGGCCCACGAUGCCUUUGGUUCACCCACCCCAUCCCCAGACUCUAAAAUUUCUGAUGUCUCCAGGGCCCUCAUACCCCAUGCAGGAGUGCAGCAGAGCAGAGCAGGUAUGAUGAGUCCCCCCUCUGGUUCGGCCCCUGACCAUUCAGCCAGACAUGUUGGUAUCAGAGCAGCUGAGAACUACCAGAGGACUCCUCAUAAUAGCAGCAACAUGCGAACUGUGUCUGAACUGUAUGGUCGGGCUGGUGAGCAGGUUCAGGGUGGAAUAUUUAAAGCCCCCAUGCCCCCCCAGCACCAGCCUCAACCCGAGGUGUUUGGCAGCACAGGAGGAGGAAGGAGGGACCUGUCUAGACCUACGGACCUGGCCUUUGCCCUUUCCCAGUCACAGGACACUACAUUCCCCUCCAGUCCAUUGUCAGGACUGGGCUCCCCCCACCGCAGCCCCUAUGCCCAGACACCCGGCACCCCCAGACCUGACUACAGCCAGCAGAUCUCUGAUCCCUUCACCCAGCAGUCACCUCUUACUUCCCGGCCUUCACCGGACCCUUAUGCCAACCCUCAGACCCCUGGUACGCCACGGCCGCAUUCUGACCCUACAUAUGUCACUGCACCGCCUCCCCCGAGACUGGACCAGUAUAACCAGCAGCCAGCCAGCCAUCGACCCUCCCCUUCACACCCAAACAUUGAUCCAUAUUCCUCCAACCCGGGGACACCCCGUCCCUCUGUCACCGAGCGUUUCCCUCGGUCACCGGGAAGUCAGCGGAGCACUGACCCCUACACACAGCCCACUGGUACGCCACGACCUUCGUCGGAUCCCUACGCCCAGCAACCUUCAACGCCGCGGCCCCAGAAGCCUCCCGAACCCUUCAUCCAGGCCCCAGUGGAGAGCUUCACUCCUCAACCUGCAGGAUCCGGUUCAUCCCCUCUGACCCCAGGCCUACCUGGAGAGACGGUGACAUUCACCCCAACUCACCACCAGUUGCAGCAGUCUCCAGGAAGACAACAACAACAACAGCAGCAGCAGGACUCAUUUCCCAGAACCCAUAGCGGCCAGACACCAAAGCAACCUGGGAUGUUGGAGGAGAGCGGCUUCUCUGGAUUGGCAGGUCACACUCCUGGCCAUGACCCCUUUGAGCAGGGUCACAUGACACCAGGCCCCGCUCAGACGGAUAAGAUGACAACCAAUGAAAGUGCAGCGCUUGCCGCUUCUUUAGAUGGACCGAUGAGCAUGUUACCCCAACUUGGUGACUCAGAGGAGAAGCUGAGACAGCGUCAGCGGCUUCGGCAGCUCAUCCUGAGGCAGCAACAGCAGAAGUAUGCGUUACGGCAGGAGAAAGGUCUGCAGGAUGCAGCUUCUGGAACUCCACCGGGAUCCACCCCUGCUCCUGCCACAUCACGCCACUGGUCCCCGGAGGACCCCUCCACUGCUCCUCCAACAGAUCCGUUUGGACGUCCCCCACCCCCUUACCCUGGCACAUUAAGGCCUGGUGGGGCAGUGGGGGCUCCAGCCCCGAGGUUCCCUGGCAGCUUCCCAGGAGAGCAGCAGAGGGGCUUCACCCCCAGCGAGGCACCCUUCCCCAGGCAGAGCCUUCCGAGAGAGCAGGGAGUCCGAGGGCCUGCCGUGAGGUUCAGUGUUCCUCCAGGAUCUCCAGCAGGUCUCCAGGACUCAUUCUCACGGCCUCCUCAGGGUUUGAUGCCUGGAUCUGGACUUGGGGUGGAGGAGGGAGGUCUUGUCCAAAUGAAGAGGCCGACACCUGGGGAAUUCACCAGCAUCCGACCCCUCAGUGCUCCCACUGCUCACAUGCUGCCAGGUGUCCCCCAGCCCUUCCUCCCACGUGCCCUCCCCCUCCAACAGCACAGCAUCAUGGGACAGCCUUACAUUGAGUUAAGACACCGCGUACCUGAGAACCGCCUGAGGCUACCCUUCCCUCCGCCCGCCAUUCCAGACCCUGAGCCAUCUCCAGUCAGACCCGGUCAGGGAGCCAGGAUGGGUGAGACACCACUGGGCCAGCAGCACAUGGUGAUGGAGCAGCCAAAUCAGCAACAUGUGAACCACUCUGCAGCACUGACACAGAGCACCGAGUCGGCACUGACAGGAGCUGAUGGCAUGGAGGAGCACCUAGAGGGUGAGGACUCGGCUGUGAAGGAUCUGGAGGAUGUGGAGGUGAAGGAUCUGGUCGACCUCAACCUGAACCUUGACCCUGAAGAUGGUAAAGAGGAUCUGGAUCUUGGUCCGAAUGACCUCCACCUCGAUGAUUUCCUGCUGUCAGGGAAGUUUGACCUGAUUGCCUACGCUGACCCUGAGCUUAAUCUGGAGGACAAGAAGGACAUGUUCAACGAGGAGCUGGACCUGGGGGAGCCGGUGGAGGAGAAGGACAGGGGAGAGAGGAAGGACGGAGCCAGCGGGCCCAGAAAGACAGAUUGCCAGGUCAAACAGGAAGUGCAGAACAGUACUAAGACUGAAGGGAAGGACAACGCCUUGGCAACCCAGCAGCAUACACCACAAUCUGGGGUCGUGACCAGCAUCAGACCCCCCAAACCUCCAGGAGCCGAGACAGCAGGCUCCAACCAGCCCAGCUCGUCUGCUCUCCUCACCAAGCAGGUGGAGGAAUCUGGUUCAGGUCCAGGGGCCUUUCCAGAUAUCCAGACCCAGGAGCACGCUCCAUCAUCAGUCAUGGCUCCCAGGGUUCACCCCCCCAUGGCUGGAGGUCAACAGUCUGUCUUUCAACAGCAGCAGAGGCCAUUUGGCUCCCCCACAUCCCUGCCGGUUCUCUUCACCCCCCACCCUCAGGGUCUCCUGGUGUCUCCCCAUCCGAGUCUGGCUCCUCAGGGCCCCCCAGUCCCACCUCACCCGAUGUCCCUCCAACCCUCCCAGCCUCACCUCCUCAUCAAUCCCCAGACCCAGCCUCUUCAUCAGGGCAUCUCCACCCAGACUCAGAACCAGGACCCUAACCAGGACAAGCACAGGCCUCUGCUCCUAGAUGAGCAGCCGCUUCUCCUACAGGACCUCCUGGACCAGGAGCGCCAGGAGCAGCAGCAGCAGAAACAGAUGCAGGCUUUGAUAAGACAGAGGUCCACCCCAGAGUCUGUGUUACCAAAUAUGGCAGACUUUGACUCCAUCUCUGACCCAAUCAUGAAAGCCAAGAUGGUGGCUCUGAAGGGCAUCAACAAGGUCAUGACCCAGGGCAAUUUAGGACUCAAUCCCAUGGUCAUCAACAGGUUCCAGCAGGCUCCAGUGGCUCAGGGGGGCCCAGUGGCCCCAGGUCCAGAGGGCACUCCUCAGCCUCCUCACCUGGUGGGACAGGACGGAAAGUUGAACCCCCAGUUGGUGCGACCCAAUCCCCCCAGCUUCGGCCCCGGUUUCAUCAACGAGUCUCAGCAGCGUCAGUACGAGGAGUGGCUGGGAGAGACGCAGCAGCUCCUGCAGAUGCAACAGCGUCUACUGGAGGAACAGAUCGCAGCUCACCGCAAGACCAAGAAAUCUCUGUCGGCCAAACAGAGAACAGCCAAGAAGGCCGGCCGACCCUUUGCUGAAGAGGACGCAGCUCAGCUCCGCCACAUCACCGAGCAGCAGGGGGUGGUGCAGAAACAGCUGGAGCAGAUCCGGAAGCAGCAGAAGGAUCACGCAGAGCUGAUUGAGGACUACAGGACCAAACAGCAGCAGCAGAGAGCUCUGCAGCAGCAGCAGCAUCCGACUCCUCCCUCCAUGAUGUCACAGACCCUCCUCAACCAGCCCAUUGUGUCCAUGCAACCCCACCCCAGUGGUCCGACACCAGGCCGUGUCCCUACUGUCCCCCCUGGUUGGACCCCAAGUGGUAGGGCCCCAGGGGUGAUUGCACAGAGGGUGCCUCAUCUGCCCACCCAGGGUUCCCCACACACCCAGACCCCCCCGGCCAUGGUGCCUGGCUUCACUGCGGGCCCCCGAGGCCCCACUGUGGCACCCAGUGGAGCAGCAGGAGACGGAGCUGCCCCCCCUCGUCAGGUGAACUUUGACGACAACAACCCGUUCAGCGAGGGCUUCCAGGAGAGAGAGAGGAGGGAGAGGCUGAGAGAGCAGCAGGAGAGGCAGAGAGUUCAGCUCAUGCAGGAGGUGGAGCGUCAUCGUGCCCUGCAGCAGAGACUGGAGCUGGAGCAGCAAGGCCUCCUUGGGGCCUCCGUGGGUCCUGGAGCCGGAGUAGCAUCCGUGCCUCCAUCUGGAGCUCGAGUUGGACAGACACCAGGGCCGGGAGGUCUUGCCGGGGCAGCACCUGCCCCUGGAGGGGACAGUCUCUCCCAGAUGCCUUUCUUUAGCUCUGAGCUGCCCCAGGACUUUCUCCAGUCACCCCCAGCCUCCAGACCUCCCCCACAGCACCAAAACCAGGUGGGUGCACCGUUCCCCCAACAGGCAGGCCUCCAGCAGGGCUUCACAGCAGGCCCUCUGCUCCCUGGAGCUCACCCGGCUCCAGUUCUGUUACCUGGGGCCAUAGCAGAGCGGGGCAGGGACCUGCCUGAGCCUCCUCCCAACCUCCAGACCAGACCGAGGUUCUCAGGCCCUGCCAGGCUCUCAACUCCGGGGCAGGUACGACCAGCUGGGACAGGGACAGCAGGAAUGACCCUCCCCCAACCCGGAGGUCAGGCUCAUCAAUUUGGUCAUGACUCCUCCUCUUCCUCACCCUCUACCCCCUUCCCCUGUUCCUCCUCGGGAGGUCCCGCCUCCCUCAUCCAGCUCUACUCAGACAUUAUCCCUGAAGACAAAGUAAAGAAGAAGAGGAGCAGGAAGAGAGAAGCAGAUGACACCACUGGUGGAGGAGGGGGAGCCAGGACGCCGCUGUCCUCACACUCUGAUGACAACACAGCCCCACCCACUCCUGCUGUCUCAGACACUGCCUGUUCCACGCCUACUCGGAGCAACAUUGACCAAUCAGAUGUGUCCUUCUCUCUAAGCUCCUCCCUCCGCGGUCUGGCUCCGUCAUCUGAGCUGGAGAAGCAGCUGUCGGUCACCUCUGCAGCCCAGCAGCGAGGCUCCGUUGUGGGUGCAGAGUCUCUGAGGGCUCCACUGUUUGCAGCUUGUCUGGAGGUUAAGGAGGAGCGUGAGGAUGGAGGAGCUUGUGGGGGAGGUGUGGUGAAGUUGGAAGAGGGUAUGGGUGAAGGAUUCUCCUCUCCCUCUCUUCUCCACGAGGGAGGUAAAGACGGAGAUGGGGGGAAAGAGCUGCUCAGGCACCUGCUGAAAGACAAGACCUCCCCAGCCACCACGCCAUCGCCCACCGACCAGGCCCCAACCACCACCCACCGCCAGCUGUCCAUCGAGAGUGUCCGGUCCGAGGAAGAGGACAGGCCUGGUUCCCAUGGGAACACGGUGUACAGUCCGGACCUCCUGGACUCCUCUGGCAGGAAGAAGACUCAGCGCUGUAAGAGACUCACUCGCCCAGAGAAAGACAGAGCUCCUCCCAAAAACAAGAGGAGAAAGAGAGAGGAAGAGGAGAAGACACUGCACUCCUCCACCUCCUCUGACCCGCUGGUGACACACCUCACACAGCUGUCGGUCCUGCCGCUCAUGGAACCAGUUCUUGGGGUGGAUCUCAGUCUUUUCCCGCCAUACGGCAGCUCCUCUCUGGGCAGAGACUCCAGACUGACCGGCUCCUUUGGCAAUGCCUGUCUGGAUGGAGUCACCGACUAUUACUCCCAGCUCAUAUACAAGCAGAAUAACCUCAGUAAUCCCCCCACACCUCCAGCCUCCCUGCCCCCUACCCCCCCGCCCGUUGCCAGGCAGAAACUGGUGAACGGCUUCGCCACCACAGAGGAAUUGUCCAGGAAAGACAUCAGCGAGCAGGAUGUAAAAGGUGUGAAGCAGAAGGGGGAGGGGCUUCUGGCUCUAAACCACACCUCUAAGACUGUGGAUGUCCCUGCCUCCCUUCCGACUCCUCCACACAACAAUCAAGAAGAACUCAGGGUCCAGGACUCAUCAGAGCGUGACAGCCCGGACAGCUUCGUCCCAUCAUCAUCUCCAGAGAGCGUGGCCGACAUGGAGGUCAGCAGGUACCCCGACCUCUCCUUCAUCAAACUGGAGCCACGCUCACCUUGCCUGUCGCCAACAUUACCCAUCAUGCCCAGCGCAUGGGGAAAAGGCUCUGCAGUGAAACAGGAAGUGAAGGCGGAGCCUAACCAUCAGGGUCCUCCCUCCUGCUCUAACACAGACCUGGUUACCAUAGCGAUAACUCUGAACCCCGUUGCAGCUCAGAAUGUGGCAGGUGUGAUGACGGCGGUGGCUGAGCUUCUGCAGGUCCCGGUCCCCACUGACUACCACCUGAGCCGACCAGCGGGCCCCGAACGCAACUCUCUGGCCCUGCUGGCUGGAGUCCGAGUUCCGCUUGCACUGAGUAUAGCAGGCAGCAGACAGCAGAGACCACCUGCUGCUGGGAACACAGCUGUUGGUGCUGUCAGGCCUCAGAGUUGUAGCUACUGCAAAGCGCUCCUGGGAAAUGGAGUCCGCAUCGUCAGGGAGCUCAAACAGGAGGGUCAGUCCAGACCAGGAUCUAGCCUGGUGUUCUGCAGUCCAGACUGCUCUGCACUCUACACAUCGGACCUACAGAGCAGAACGGCUGUAAGCACGGUGAGACAUCAGCCAGCGGACCCCACCGUGCUGUCGGGCUCUGAGCAUCCCCCGCCCAGCCAAGCGCAGCACCAGUACACCAACAACAUGUCCUCCAUCGCUGUCCACUCUCUACUCGACACUCCCUCCUCACCUCCCCCCACCUCCUCCUCCCCACCACUCUCCUUCCCCCCUGCCUCCAGCAUCACCAUGGAGACCAAGCCCUGCAUGCACAGCCUGAAGGUGAAGGUGAAGUUAAAGCCCCGCCCUCGGGCGGUCACUGGUGGUGAGGACUCACAGUCCAGUCUCCACCUGAAGAGGAUGAGGAGUUGCCGCUGGAGACGCUGGAGCGUUAGCAUCACACUCAGCAGAAGCCAUUGCGUCCCUAAUGAGGCUGUUGCCAUGCCAGCAGAAGAGGAAGUUGAUGUUCUGUUGAAGAAAUUUGGGGUGUGUCUGCAGCCUGACCCAUUACCCAAAGACCAGCGGAGGUGUUGCUUCUGUAACCAGCAAGGAGAUGGACAGACUGAUGGGCCAGCCAGACUUCUGAACUUGGACCUGGACCUGUGGGUCCACCUGAACUGUGCUCUGUGGUCCAGUGAGGUGUACGAGACUCAGGCUGGCGCCCUGAUCAACGUGGAGCUGGCUCUGAGACGAGGUUUAACACUACGCUGUGCUCACUGUCAGCAGACCGGAGCCACGAGUGGCUGCAACCGCCUGCGCUGCACGAACACUUACCACUUCACCUGCGCACUGCAGGCCCACUGCACCUUCUUCAAGGAUAAGACCAUGCUCUGUCACCUCCAUAAGCCUAAGGUGCUUCCUGUCAGUGGGGACAAGUCCUCCAGCUGCUCGCCCUCCUCCACCCCGGGGCCAACUCCUGACCCUGCAGUGACGAUGUCCUCUGACCCGUAUGACUCUGAGCUGCGUUGUUUCGCUGUGUUCCGGCGGGUGUACGUGCAGCGGGACGAGGCACGGCAGAUUGCCGCCGUGGUGCAGCGCGGGGAGCGGCAGCACACCUUCCGGGUGGGCAGCCUGCUGUUCCGCUCCAUCGGCAGGCUCCUCCCGCAGCAGAUGAGCACCUUCCACAACAAGACUGCCAUCUUCCCCAUCGGUUACCAUGCCAACCGCUUCUACUGGAGCAUGCGCCACAGCAACAGACGCUGUAAGUACAUGUGCUACAUCGAGGAGCAGGAGGGCCAGCCGCUGUUCAAAGUGAAGGUGGUGGAGAAGGGAUACGAUGACCUCAUACUGACCGGACCAACACCCAAAGCCGUGUGGGACCAGAUACUGGAGCCGAUAUCCCAGAUGAGAUCCUCCAGUGGGACUCUGAAGCUCUUCCCAGUGUACCUGAAAGGAGAAGAUCUAUUUGGUUUGACCACAUCUGCUGUGACCCGGAUCAUAGAGUCUUUGCCAGGUGUAGAGACCUGUGAGCGUUACACCUUUCGUUAUGGCAGGAACCCUCUCAUGGAGUGGCCUCUGGCUUUCAACCCGUCUGGUUCAGCACGCUCUGAGCCCAAAGCCUGCCAGACCAAAAGACCAAACCUGUUGACCAGCAUCGCUCCCAGGUGUCAGGGCACGGUGGGCUCCAUCGUGGGCCUCGUGCCUGGAGUCAUCUCUCUGUCCCCGGGCGAGUCUGUGGCCGGGGCUCACCAGGGCCGCCACUCCAAGUCAUCACAAUACAGACGCAUGAAGGCAGAGUGGAAAACCAACGUCUACCUGGCCCGCUCUCGCAUCCAGGGUCUGGGUCUGUACGCUGCCAGAGACAUCGAGAAGUGCACCAUGGUCAUAGAGUACAUCGGCACCAUCAUCAGGAGUGAAGUAGCCAAUCGCAAGGAGAGGCUGUAUGAAUCACAGAACCGCGGUGUGUAUAUGUUCCGGAUUGACAACGACUUUGUGAUUGACGCCACCAUCACUGGAGGACCGGCCAGGUACAUCAACCACUCGUGUUCUCCCAACUGCAUCACAGAGGUGGUCACUGUGGAAAAGGAAAACAAGAUCAUCAUCAGCUCCUGCAGACGCAUCCAGAGAGGAGAAGAGCUGUCUUACGACUACAAGUUUGACCUGGAGGACGAUCAGCACAAGAUCCCCUGUCACUGCGGAGCAGUCAACUGCCGCAAAUGGAUGAACUGAACACACACACACACACACACACACACACACACCGGCAGCUCUUUCUCUGCCUCCGUUUCUCUUGGUGCUGAAGCUGGACGUCGAUCACCCAUCGGUCUGUAGGCGGAGCUACGCGUCAUAUCAGAAGUCAGUAAUAAUAAUAAAACUGAUCACAGCAGAGUUGAUCAGAGGUAAUAAUGAUGGGGGUUGUUAUAUAUGGGGGUGGCCGGGGUUAAGGUGAGUGAUUGACAGGCCAGGGGGCGGGGCUUAUGACGAGGCUGGUCCUCUGUGUGUAUAUUGAGUGUAAAAACGACCACAGGUGUAAAUGUUAGUGUAAACGCCACUGAAAUAACAGAAUGUUGUCAUCCUCAAAGGGAGGUUCAUUAACUUGCACUAAAAAGUCACAAAACUACAAAAACAGAGAAAUUCCCACAGAAGCAUACUUGAUUCCUCCUCCUCCUCCCUGCGUUUCUGUUCAUUUCCUGUAAAAUAAGAGAUUUUUUUUCUGUUUGUAUUUAUUACUGAAUGAAGCUAUUUUCUAAAUCCAUGGUGAGUUCGAGGUCCGGAGUCGCAGCUUGUAAAUAUCUGUAUCAUAAAUUCAAAAGAAAACAAAAACGUUUAGAAAUCACUCCACCGAGAGCCACCUUAACAUCUUCAUCCUCACCUUCAUCACCUGCCGAUCAGAGCGUUCUUCUGUUCGAGUUUUAAAUAAAGUUUCAGUUUCCUGUCCCGGUGCUGGAGGCGGUGCGUUCCUAUUGGACGAAGACUGUGAACAGACAAAGUGCUUCCUGAGUGCCGGGCAGGUUUCACUGCGGCCUUCAUGUGCGUUUCGUGUCUUCUCGUGUUUUUUGUUUUUCACCCAGCGUUUUUGGCUGCAGGCGUCUUGUGUUUUUGGUAGUUUUUUUUUCACUUCCUGGCGUCCAGAGUCCUGCUGCCGUGUACAUAUGAGGUCUAAUUCGGACUCUGCUGAUGUGUACAGUUAGACAACAUAAAGCCUUGUUUUUGUUUUUUUAUUACUGGAUGUAAACAGAGUGUGAUGAUGAUGAUGAUGAUGUUUUUUGCUUUGGGGAAAAUGUGGAAUCUGAUUUAGAGUCAUUUACAGAAAAUAAAAUAUUUUACAUCUUGAA